CGGAAGAGCCUUGCGGAGCUGCGGGCAGAGAGCAGAAGAGGAUACAGUCAUGUCAGAAAGCGGGAAUGCACAGUCGCAGGACGGAGGAUCCCAAGGCGAUGUCACGGCCAGCCGGGUGACGACCCCAAAUGUGGGAAAUAGGGUGACCGUGGUGCUCGGAGCUCAGUGGGGUGAUGAAGGGAAAGGAAAGGUGGUGGACGUGCUGGCCCAGGAUGCAGAUAUUGUCUGCCGAUGUCAGGGAGGCAAUAAUGCUGGACACACAGUUGUGGUUGAUUCAGUGGAAUACGACUUCCACCUUCUACCCAGUGGUAUUAUAAACCCAAAGGCUACAGCCUUUAUUGGUAAUGGUGUAGUCAUUCACCUGCCGGGCCUUUUUGAGGAGGCAGAGAAGAAUGUGCGUAAAGGGAAAGGUCUGGAAGGCUGGGAAACGAGGCUCAUCAUAUCUGACCGUGCACACAUCGUGUUUGAUUUCCAUCAAGCUGUGGAUGGAGUCCAGGAACAGGAGAGGCAACAGCAAGCUGGCAAAAAUUUAGGAACAACUAAAAAGGGUAUUGGGCCCGUAUAUUCAGCAAAAGCUGCUCGCAGUGGCCUGAGGAUAUGUGACCUGCUGGCUGAUUUCCAGGAGUUCUCAGAGAGAUAUAAACAUUUGGCCUCGCAGUACAAGUCAAUGUACCCUUCUCUGGAGAUUGAUGUUGAUGGGGAACUUGAGAAACUGAAGUUGUAUGUGGAUAGGAUAAAGCCCAUGGUGAAAGAUGGAGUCUUCUUCAUGUAUGAGGCUCUACAUGGACCUCCCAAAAAAAUUCUGGUGGAAGGUGCCAAUGCUGCCUUGCUGGACAUCGACUUUGGUACGUAUCCCUUUGUGACCUCCUCAAACUGCACAGUUGGAGGGGUGUGUACGGGUCUGGGCAUGCCACCUCAGAACGUUGGCAAAGUUUAUGGAGUUGUCAAGGCCUACACCACGAGAGUUGGGAUCGGGGCUUUUCCUACUGAACAGAACAACGAAACUGGAGAGCUCUUACAGACAAGAGGCAAGGAAGUGGGGGUGACUACAGGUCGCAAAAGGAGAUGUGGUUGGCUGGAUCUGGUGCUUAUCAAAUACGCCCACAUGAUUAAUGGCUUCACAGCCUUAGCUCUCACCAAACUUGACAUCUUAGAUAUGCUUCCCGAGAUCAAGGUUGGUGUGGCAUACAAAGUAGAUGGUGAAGUCAUCCCUCAUUUCCCAGCAAACCAAGAGGUGUUACAAAAGGUGGAAGUCCAGUACGAGACUCUCCCUGGCUGGAAUACAGACACAUCUGCUGCCAGGACAUUUGAAGAGCUUCCAGAAAAUGCUAAAAAAUAUGUGCGCUACAUUGAAGAACACUUGGGUGUGCCUGUAAAAUGGAUUGGUGUUGGGAAGUCACGGGAAUCAAUGAUCCAGCUCUUUUAAGAGGCUGCUUGACCUGCAUGUAGCACUGGCUGGAUGUUCUGGACUCAUCAGGACCUUACAGAGUCUGUGCCAGGGAAAGGAAGUUGCAUCACACGUCACCUCUCCAGCCUGAAUGCAGUUUCUUCAUGGCAAGAGGGUUGGACAUUCUUUUGUCACAUUAUUAAUUAAUUGUUAAUCGAAAAGGGGCUUUCAACUUACUAGUAUCCAUUGGUCUGCAAUGUCUUUGCUCCGUACGAAAAGCUUUUUUUUUUCUGCUCUGGAAUUCCGAGCUAUUUUAAGCUCAGUAUCUCCAACUUGAGUCUAUAAACUGUACUGUAUAAGUGCUACUAAUUUAAACAGUCAGGCAUCAGUAGUGAUGUACAUUGUUGUGUUGAUACUGCAGGUUUUCCAUACAGGAUGGUUAAAGCGAUUCCUCAUACUGUACAUGUUACGUUUUUUUUUUCUUUUAUCGUACAAAAAUCAACUGUUAUGCAAUGUGUGCUAUCACACUUUGUCCUUGUUUUAAAUGGACUGUAGAUUGUAUUGUUCAAGUCAACUUAAAUUAAAAGUACAGUUUUUAAAAAAACUGUUACAUAUUUCUUUACCAGAUGCAUAAAAACAAAUGAUUCGACUUAUAUAAUUCAACAUUCUUUUAUUCUGAAUGAGAAAUGUUUACAAUACCAUCUCAAAAUGUAACACUAUCACAGUGGGUGUUCUAAAUUGUAUUGCCACAUAUUAUUGAAACAUUAUAAUCUACCUUUUUAUGGAACGGAAACAUGCAAUGUUGUUUCCAUAAAGUUUAAAGGGAUAGUUCACACACAAAUGUAAAUUCUCUCAUCAUUUACUCACGCUCAUGCCAUCCCAGAUGUGGAUGACUUUCUUUCUUCUGCUGAACACAAACA